UCUGGUCGCUAUAAAUUAAGUCAAGUAAAGAGACUAGACCGGCUUUGUCUCUUUCGCCGCUCCCAUAAAAGAGAAUUCUAGGGUUUCUGCUCUUCAAAGCUACCGAAAAUGACCAAGAGAACCAAGAAGGCCGGUAUUGUCGGGAAGUAUGGUACCCGUUAUGGUGCUAGUUUGAGGAAGCAGAUUAAGAAGAUGGAGGUCAGUCAGCACAGCAAGUUCUUCUGUGAGUUCUGCGGCAAGUAUGCUGUUAAGAGGAAGGCUGUUGGUAUCUGGGGUUGCAAGGAUUGUGGCAAAGUGAAAGCUGGAGGUGCUUACACUUUGAAUACUGCUAGUGCCGUGACAGUCAGGAGUACCAUCCGUAGGCUGAGGGAGCAGACCGAGAGUUAAUUGUAUUUUAUAUCAUGUCAUGUUUUAUUGACUUGUGGAUCUUGGUGUCAUUUUGAUUGGAGACGUUUAAUCUGUUUCAUUUCUAUCGUGUUUAGGAGUUAUGGAAGUGAUGAAAGGAAAUUCAGUUUGAGAAGAUUGAUAUGGUUGUAUCUCGACCCUUUCCAAUUUAAUAUAUAGCCAGCUUUGCCUUGUGGUCUA